AAAAAUUGCAGCAGAGGAGGAGGAGGAGGAGGGGCGGAGCAGUAGUGGAGGAGGAGGAGGAAGAGAAAGAGGAGGAGGAGGGAUCGCGGAGCGGCCUGGGGGCUGCUGCUGCUGUGUCGGUGCCGGGUGGAGCGGAUAGUGCUUGGCGGCAGAACCUGCAAGAUUUGGACAUGUCCUUUAUAUUUGAUUGGAUUUACAGUGGUUUCAGUAGUGUACUGCAGUUUCUAGGACUGUACAAGAAAACGGGUAAACUAGUAUUUCUUGGAUUGGAUAAUGCUGGGAAAACCACCCUCCUGCACAUGCUUAAAGAUGACAGACUGGGACAACAUGUCCCCACACUGUAUCCAACGUCAGAAGAGCUGACAAUUGCUGGCAUGACUUUCACUACUUUUGAUCUAGGUGGACAUGCCCAAGCUCGCAGAGUUUGGAAAAAUUACCUGCCUGCCAUCAAUGGCAUUGUCUUCCUGGUGGACUGUGCAGAUCUUGAAAGACUGGAGGAAUCUAAGCAAGAGCUGGAUGCACUAAUGACAGAUGAGACUAUUGCUAAUGUGCCUAUCCUAAUACUUGGUAACAAGAUUGACAGACCAGAAGCCAUCAGUGAAGAAAGGUUAAGAGAGAUGUUUGGUUUGUUCGGCCAGACAACAGGAAAGGGGAAUGUCCCUGUGAAGGAACUGAACACCCGGCCUCUAGAAGUCUUUAUGUGCAGUGUGUUAAAGAGGCAAGGCUAUGGUGAAGGAUUUCGUUGGAUAGCACAAUACAUCGAUUAAUGCCAAAAUCACAUUCGUUCAUACUGUCCCAUACCUAUUCAUUAUUUGAUCACUCAGUGUACAUAACUUGAACAGAAUAGAUUUUGGUUACAAAAGUGUAUUAUUUUUUAUUAUUGUAUCAACUGUGUUAAAUUUAAAGUAUAAAGACUGAAAACAUAUUUUAAGCAAGUUUGUCUUUUUGGAUCUUGUAGCACUAGUCUCUAGUCUUAUAAAACCACUUUAUUUUGAGAUGUAUAGGUUGUAUGUUGUCUGCAGUCCAUUUUUUAAAAACCUUUCCAACACGGUAUGUUUUUUGAAUGCACUUUUUAACAGCUCCGUCCUACAGACUGGUUGAUCAUAUUUAAUGCUCAUCAUGUUAAAUUUUUAUGUACUUUUUUCAAAACUGGUUUUAUAAACGUAGAGUGUGUAUCCGCCUCUCAGAGAAUAGUAAUGAAUCGGCUUAUGGACAAUUGCAUGAUGCCUUACAGAUUUCAAUAAUAUACUUUCUUAUGCAACGUCAUGCAAUAAAACUCAGUCCCGUUUUUUGGCAUCUUUAAUGGGAAAUGUUUCAUUUUAAUGUCUUAACCUAGUAAAGAUGUUUCAAGAUGUGAAUAUGUUGGGUAGUUUGCUGAAAUUCUGUAUAAAUCCUGUGUAUUGUAGAUUAUUUUUAUUAUUUAUCUGAUUACUUUUCUGCUCAGAAUGAAUCUAAUUACAGUAAUAUUAACCAUGUUAACAUUCACUCAUUGUGGUUCAUAUUAUACAGUAUGAGGUACCAUGGCAUCAUUGUGUAGUGUAUUCUAAAGUUCAGUGAAUGCCUAAAUGCAGUAAUCAGGAGAACAUAGGAAGAGUAGGAAGCUUUACGUACCCUUCUGCAUUCAGAUGUCCACAUGACAUUGCCUUUGGGCCCUCUAUGUUGGGCGAAAUGUUCUUGAGAAGAUGUCAUCCCUUUUGAAAGGUUUAUAGCAAACUAGCACAAAGAAAUAGUCAACCAGAACUUGUGAUAAUUAUUCAUUUCACAUGUUCUAUAAAGAAGAAACUUUGUGAUUAGCUCAUCCAAGCAUUUUGAUUCUGCAAGUACAGGCAGUUCCCAAAUAUCAAUCUGAUCAGUUCUGUAGGUUUGUUCUUAAGUUGAUUUUGUUUGUAAAUUGGAACAGGUGCAUUUUCUAAGUGUAACUCCAUCCAAAAUAUAUCUUUUUUAGCUUUGGAUAGCAUAGGCUUAACACACCCUGUGGUGUUUGUUUUGCUGUCUGUGCCCCUGUUCAGAAGAUUUCACCUCACUUUCUGUCCCUGUGAUAAUUGGAUUUUGAAAGAUUUGGCUUGUUGAAUUAAUGAAAUGUAUUACGAUCAACAGAUCAGACAAAACAAGUAGAACCGAACAAGAAAUAUCAAUAACAAGGUCAUACAAAAACAAAUACCAUUGAAAAAGGGUAAAAUUCCCUUAAGUUUAUGAUGUCAUUUUUUGCCGACAAAAGGGCACUGCAGCACAAAAGCAGCCACUUUAACUGUUACCAUUGUGCCAAAUGCACUUUUACGAUUAGAAACAUGGCCAAAUGUCAAUUGAGUCCCGGGCAUAGAUCCUUAAAUUUCUGGUUUAAAAUGCUUUUUUUUUACCACUGAGGGAUUGGCUCCCUUAGUAUUAACUGACGGGUUCUCUUCUAGACAGAAAAAAGCCACUGGGUGACAAACUUGGUAAACUGGGUUUCCCAUGAACCACUAUUUUGGCAAUGGGAUAUAUGAAAGCUAAAAUGGAAAUAUAUUAGCGAAUUAUAGAUAAUGAGUUGCAGUAACAUGUAAGUGCAGCUGCUGUAUAUCCUGAAUUCAGAGACAGUGGUCAGUCUUUUAAGUUGUUAAGUCAUUUUAAUAUUUUAACCCUUCCAAAAUACAGAACAGCGUUCACCUAAGCAAAAUUUAAUGUAUUAACUUCUGCCUUAUUAGAGGGGAGAUACAACAAUGUCCCCUAUGAUGCACGCUUAUGUCCCUGUGACAUUGGGUCAGUGGAGAUUAUAAGAUGUGUAUUAUUACAUUGUUCCUUCUACAGUGGCUUCCGACAUACCUUUUUGUAUCCAAUUUCACAAAGCGUUCCUGGCUUGUUGUGGAAACAAGGACUGGUGAUAAAGCUUCAGCAGAAACAUCUUUUCUGCAUAACUCUUCCAGGAGUGAAUUUCCCUUUCUAGGGGAAGAUUUGUCUCCCUUCUUGUUGUCUCACCCCCAUUCUUCACUAGGAGUAAUUUGUAAGUGAGAUGUUUGUAAUUCGGGGACUGUCUGUACUAUGAAUCAUUUCAUUAUCAUUUUGGCAAAUGAAAUCACUUAUAGCUACCAGUUUUGCCAAUAAUUUAGUAACGUAGCUGCAAGGAUAAUUUGGUGUCACUGAAGCCCCUUCCACGCAGCUGAAUAAAAUCCUUCAUUAUCUGCUUUGAACUGGAAUAUAUGGCAGUGUAGACUCAGAUAACCCAAUUCAAAGCAGAGAUUGUGGGUUUUUCUGCCUUGAUAUUCUGGGUUAUAUGGCUGCGUGGAAGGGCCCUAAAUCUCCUUAAGGUAUAGGGCAGCUUCUUUGGACACUGUUUAAAAAUUCAUAUUCCUUUUCCGAAUGCUGUAUUAUUGAGAUGCCAGUCAAGUUUUAUGUGAAAGAUUAACCAUGAGAAGAGGUGAGGUCUGGUAUGGUAUAGACUUUUAUUGCUAGCUUGUUAUGUUAACACCUUGGAUGUAGCAGACACUUUGUUUUUUGAAAUAUGGGAUGGGAUUGUGAUAAUGUCAAGCUCACUGAGCAUACUGUUCCAGGUAUGUGCAUCCAUCUGUUCUUUCAAAGGAGAAAAUAAAUGUCAGGGUUGAUCAUA